AUGUCGUCAGUUAAGAGACUAUCGAGGCAGCAUAAGGGGAAAUCAGUUGCGGCGACGUCGGCUCCGGCUAGGAAUCCUGACGGCGAGGCUUUAGUCGCAGAUGCGACGAGGCUUGCGAGAGAAGGAAGUGAGAAUGUCGUUGUGAGGGACGCGACGGAGUGUGCGAGAGAUGGACAGAGCGGGGCCCUGCCCGUUGACUCGAUUACUUUGAGAGCUCGCGCAGUGGAAGACGAUCCUCCUGAAGAUGACGAUUCUGAAGCCGAAUUGUUCCCGACGACCUUCUAUCCCGAUGGAAUUUUCGAGGAGCUUCCACAACUCCAUCCUGACUCACUACGCUCUGCUUUCGUGGCUGGUCAAGAUUGGGAUGGUGUGGACGAGACUAAGUCGAACCUGGGGAGCGUGAAGAAGGUUCUCCGGGCCAAGAACGCUACAGGCGUAACCUUCCUUAUCCCUACGAAGGAGCAGAGGCCUUGGUCUCCUCCAAUCGGAUAUCAGACGGUGUACGAGUCCUACUUCCAGGAUGACACUAGCUGUUGGUUCCCUAUCCCGCGACUGAUCACCGCGUACGCUAGGCGGCGAGAUCUCGCGAUUAGUCAGUUACUGAACGGCUCGCUGCGACUAGCCGUCACCCUAUCAGUUCUAGCGGAGCAGAUUGACAUGCCGAUGAGCGUCAGGUCGUUCGAGGAGAUGACCUCGAUAACCGACAUGAAGGACGGAACCUACUCGGUGAAGAUGCGACCAAACUACAAUGUGUGCGCCGGUCAUCCAAACAAAACGCAGAAUUGGCAGCGUUCUUAUUUCUUCCUCAAGUCCGACAACUCGGCUUUCGAGGAGCCUCCUCGAGAGGACUAUCGGGUUCUAUGGAACCGUUCUUGUGUUGGCCAUCCUACGUCUCCAGUCUAUCCCGAAGAUUUCCUGAAGAGCGUUCGAGCCGUCGCUUUGCUUCGAAUCUACCGUUGGUCCGAGAUUACCGUCAAGAGGAUUUGCGAGCUUAAGGACCGGAUCGCUCGAAGAGAGUGGAGAUCUGAUCUUCUGACCGUUCUUCCUAUUCGCACCAAGCGACUAGACAUCUUCCCGAAGGAUAUCCAGAAGCAAGUUUCUGAAGCAAAGAGGAUGGGAACCCUUCCUGACUUGAGCGCGAUAUUAGCCGCCCAACUGGGACUGACCAGCGGGGAAGGACCCUCGACGGCGGUUCCUCGCGCUGGUGAGGAAGAGGGGCAGCUCAGGAGUCGGGGGAGCGUCGAGGAGGCGAGCGACGUUCCUCCUUCUGGCGAACCCCAGAAGAAGAAGAAGAAGAAGAAGAAGAAGAAGACAAAGAAGUCCGUUGACGAGCAGUCGGAGAAUCCCGAAGAACCGACUGAGAUUGAGGAGGGUGAUGUUCAAGAAGAAGAACUUCAACCCGAAGAGGAGGCUUCAGAAGCUGAAAUCUCGGGAGAGCGGAACGAUGCGGAGGAAGUUGAAGACAGCGGAGAGUCGCCGCUUUUGAUCAGGAGGCAUAACGAUGAGGUUGGCGACGAGGCGCGAUCUCCGAUUCUGGCAUCUCCUCGCGAGGGAACUGAUGAGGUUGGCGACGAGGCGCGAUCUCCUAUUCUGGCGUCUCCUCGCGAGGGAACUCCGGUUCCCAUUGGAGAAGGGGCCACUCAGAUCGGUACUUCUUCUCGCGGCUCCGCUCUCUUAAGGAGGGUGCCCGGAGUCAACUUUCCAGACAAGGUUUCGUUUCACUACGAGGGACCGGCCCCUCUAGUGUACGUUCCCGAAAAGUGCGGAGAGUUCCUUCGCCAACUAAGGGGGAGGGCGAAACCUUUGCCCGCUAUGAAGGACCUCAUCUUCGGGAGUGAAUACGAGGAAGCUGCGAGGGCCAAGCUGCUGGGGGAUAGCGCAACGAACGUCAUGAUUGAUACGUACGACACUGCCCUGAAGGGAGAUUUGGGCGAACUCGAGCUGGCUAAGAAAGAGCACGCGGAGAGAGAGGAAGCUUCUGCUCGCCUGCUGAAUGCAUCGAGGGCUGACGUCGAGAGGCUUAACGGGAUGGUUAUUCGCAUUAUUGCUCAAAGAGACGAGCUCAAAGCCGAGUUGGAGGCAUCCCGAGGAGUCGUCCGUGAGCUUGAGCGGAAGAACGCCGAGAUUGAGAGCGAGAAGGUUUCGCUCGCUGCGUCUCAUGAGAGAGAGAUGAGGCGCCUUAGAGAUUCCAGAAUCCUGGAAGUGACGAGGGAAAGAGGAAGAGUUGAGGCCGAGAUGGCCGCGAAAGCUAAUCGUCGCUUCGCUAAGAUUCGCUCCCGAGAAGAGCGGCGAGGUCCCUACGAGGAGGCCCGGUUGCUUCAUAGCCAAGCCUUCGGAACCAGGAAAUGCCUUGAGGCCUUAAAGAGGGCUGGGAGCGACAUCUCGCAAGCCACUAUCGAGCUAUUCGCCGAGCAAGAAAAAAAAUACGAGCAGGAAGCCGAGAAGCUCAAGGUGGGUGAGAUACCCGAGGGAGAUCUCACACUUUCCCCUCUUGUAUUGGACUCUCAAUUUGUGGACGCUCGAAUCUUGGCGAGUCUCGAUCCGUAUGGGUCCAACGCCGGCUUGAUCGAUCCGGAGACUGCAGCGAGUCUUCACGUUCCGCCUACUCAUUCGACUGAAGAGCGACGUGAAGACCCGACGCCCCUUCUUGAAGGUCCUUUGGCUGAUCCAGAGAUCGUCCCGAGAUCAGACGAAGUACAUGUUUCUCCGGCUGCUCGUGAGUCGAGCGUCAGGGCUUUGGAGCUCUCCGUCCUCAACGAUCGUGAAAGCGACCGGGAGGACUAG